AUGGAUCCCACAGGAGAAUGGGAUUCGGAUCGCCCUGAGGGCGAGGAGAAGGGAGUCGUAGACAUGAGGUCUCGUCGUGGCCAGACAAUUGUUAUAAAGCUCGGCACGAGUUCAAUCGUGGACGAGGAGACACAUGAGCCCCUCCUACACAUCCUCUCUUUGAUUGUCGCCACAGCUGUAAAGCUCCGAAAAGAUGGCCACAGAGUCAUCAUCGUGUCUUCCGGAGCCAUUGGUGUCGGCCUAAGGCGGAUGGACGUUCAGAAGCGUCCCAAACGUCUCUCUUCCCUUCAGGCUCUCGCGGCCAUCGGGCAAUGUCGUCUCAUGGGCUUAUGGGACAGCCUAUUCCAGCAUCUUCGUCAGCCCAUUGCCCAGAUUCUCCUGACUCGCAAUGAUAUUGCCGACAGGACCAUGUAUAGGAAUGCCCAAAAUACCUUCAUGGAGCUCCUGGACAUGGGUGUUAUCCCCAUUGUCAACGAGAACGACACCGUUGCCGUCUCGGAAAUCAAGUUCGGUGACAAUGAUACCUUGUCCGCCAUCACGGCUGUCAUGGUCCAUGCCGACAUGCUCUUCUUGAUGACGGAUGUGGAUUGUCUAUACGACAAGAAUCCCCGUUCCAAUCCAGAUGCUCAACCCAUUGAAAUUGUAGAAGACAUUGCCGCCUUGCAGGCUGAUGUAUCUACGGCUGGCUCUGCUCUGGGCACCGGAGGCAUGUCGACCAAGAUUGUUGCUGCUCGCAUUGCAACGUCGGCAGGUGUCACCACCGUCAUUACCCGAGCUUCUACUCCGGACAACAUCUCCAAGCUUGUCCGCUACAUCCAUGCAACCAAGGGCUCGCCAUGUCUCACGCCCCCUUGCAUCCACGAAAACGGUGCCGACAGCGCCGAGGAGCUACUAAUCCAGUCUACUUCAUCGCUGGCACAAUCUACCCCCACGCUAUCACGAUCUCUAUCCUCGCUGGACCUCGAGAUGCCACCCUUGCACACGAGGUUCCUUCCCGACGCCGAUCCCGUUCGCGAUCGACACUUCUGGGUGCUGCACGGGCUGGCCCCGCACGGCACCCUCUACAUCGACAGCGGUGCUCACAAGGCCCUGUUAGAUAAAGCCGGUCUCCUUCCCAUUGGCGUAGUCGAUGUCGAGGGUAACUUUUCCCACCACGAAGCAGUACGACUCGUUGUCGUUGAGAAAGUAUGUCCUCCAGGACCGGAUGGAAAGCCCUGGGAAGGCCCCGGCAUCGAAGUCGGAAGGGCCAUUGUCAACUAUUCCGCGACCGAGGUAGCGCGGAUCAAGGGACGCAAGAGCGUGGAGAUUGGUGCGUUGUUGGGGUACGCUGACAGCGAGUACGUUGCUGCUCGGCAGUACAUCAGCUUCUUCAAGAGGGAAAGCCGACCUGUGACUCCGAGUUUCGAGCACAUGCCGUUUCAGCCGCCUCCUCUGAGUGCGAUUGAUUCCAUCACGGUGAAUCCCAUGUCACCGAGGUAG